AUGUUAAAUUCUUAUUCGUUAAGAAGCCUUUCGGUUACCUUAUCUACGCCUCUGAAAUAUGACUUGAAAAGAACACUUUCUGAAAUUAAAAAGGCGUUUGAAAUUACUAAACAACAGGAAAGAGACGUGGGACUGGUGGAGUAUGCUUAUAUUCCCAGAAAACGUUGGCGUGUAACAUAUUUAAAAUCGAGAUUUAAGCACAGGAAGGCUAUACGCCAUUACGUAUUUGAGCAGUACAACUACAACAUCACAGUGCUGAAUCCAGUGCACAUUGAUGCCUUAGUUUCAUCAAUUUUAGGAAGUUUAAGCCCCUCAGUACACGCUCGCUGCACAUUCAGCUGGAAUUUUCAACCAAACUUUUUAUGUCCCAACUUUCCAUGUCCCAGCUCUAAUUCUCAUAGUUCAAAAAUUAACACUAAAUUAACAAUUGAGCAAUAUAACGUAGAAACAAAUGUUAUUAAUCGUUUAAUAAACACAAUUUGA